UUUUAUUAUUAUUUGUUAAUAUUUUUUGAUGUUCGCGUACGCCCGUUCUCUCUUGAACUCAGUCUUUCCCAAGAAGCGAUCCCUUGAGGAGGACCAAGACGACCAGUCCCUAGAACACCAGACCAAGAAACUCAAGAUGGAAGAAACCACCGUAGCAGAUACAAACCCUGAAGCUCAGCCUGCCACCGUGGCUGUUGAGCCCACUCUUAUCUACCGUGUCAAAGUCAACAACCUCCCUGUUAGAGACGUGGCUGGCACAAAGAAGUUCCUCACCAAACUGGGAUACCCUCGCUUUAAAAAAGCUCCUGAGUGGAACUAUGCUUACAUCUCUUUCAACACCAAGGAAGAGGCAGAGAAGGCUAAAGAGCAACUGGAUGGUCAAAAGUUCAAGAAAGAUAUCCUUGAAGCAGAGGUUGUCAUAGCCACCGAAGAUUCUUAUAGAAAGAGAUUCAUGUCAAAGGCUUCUGAAAAGAAACAAAAGGAAGAGGAAGCCAAUGAUACUCGUACACCCUCAGAAAAGCUUGCUGAUCAGGUCACUCCCUUGCACAAAGUUCCUUACGAGAAACAGUUACAACAAAAGGAGCGUGUUGGUAUCAAGCAUCUCUCUACACUCAAGAGAACAAUAGCAAACCUCAAAGAUAUCACAGAAAAGGGUAGAAAAGAGAUUGAGUGGGCCCGUCAACCUGGAGCUUUGCCUUGUCCUAUUUCAAGCAUCAUUCCUUCUCCUGAAAUCAACGGCUACCGUACAAAGUGCGAAUUCACAAUUGGAAAGGAUCUUGAUGGCAGAAGAACUGUAGGAUUCUUGUUGGGUCUUUACCGUGCUGGAAUUACCGCCGUACUCGAGCCAAGUGAAUGUCUUAACGUAUCUACAACCGCCAAGCGCAUCGCAAAGGCCAUGGGUGAUUAUGUCCGUGCCUCCGAAUACGAUGUCUAUGACCGGUCUACCAAGACCGGUGUCUGGCGUACCCUGAUGACCAAAACACAGCGAACUGGAGACAAUAUGGUCGUUGUUCAGAUGAGAUCUGAAGAUUUGAAACCCGAGCAGGUCGAGGCUGAAAAGGCCAAUUUGAUUGCCUACUGGGACAGUUUUAAGGAUAAGCCCGAGGAUGAGAAGAUUGUGGUUACAACCUUGUUGUUCCAGAUCUGGAAUGGCGAUGCUAACGGUAUCACCGACAAGGCUCCCACUGAGGUCUUGACAGGUGAUGGCUAUGUAUAUGAAGAGCUUUUGGGCUGUCGCUUCCGUAUUUCCAGCAGUGCAUUUUUCCAAGUCAACACCCCCGCCACAGAGCUCUUGUAUGCCAAAUGUGCCGAAUGGUGCAACAUUGACAAGACUAAAAAGACCACUCUUUUGGAUCUUUGCUGUGGUACAGGAACGAUCGGUAUCACCAUGGCCAAGUCCGUUGACCGUGUUGUGGGUAUCGAGAUGGUCCCAGAGGCAAUUGUCGAUGCCAAGGCAAAUGCAGAGAGAAACAAUAUUACCAAUGUUGAGUAUUUCGCAAGCAAGGUCGAAGAUAGAAUUGAUAUCGUCACAAAUGCUACCAACGAAGAGGUUGUUGCUAUCUUAGAUCCUCCUAGAAAUGGUGUUCAUGCUUCUGUCAUCCGUGCUGUCCGUGAAUCUUCAAAAAUCAACAAAGUUAUUUUCAUUAGUUGUGAUGCUAAACAAGCCAUGGCAAACUUUACUGCUUUGUGCCGCCCUCAGUCAAACCGAUUCAAGGGUGUUCCUUUCAAACCUACCAAGGCUAUCUCUAUAGACCUUUUCCCCCACUCUGACCAUUCUGAGCUCAUGAUCGAAUUCGAGCGUAUCGAACUCCCUACAGAAGAUGAAGAGAAGAUGAAGGAAAAUGAAAAGGAAGAAGAGACCACAACAAUCAAGAUAGAAACCAUUGAGACCACAGUAGAAGAAACUAUUGUGGAAGCCAAGGCUGCAUCUCCAGUUGAGUCAGUAACAGAGGUUGAGACCACCGUGGAAACUGUGGUAGAAACCGAAGUUGAGACCCAAGAAUAA